UUCGGAAGCUGAUAGAGACUCAGAUGGCGUAGACUCUCUAUGUUCCAACUGCAGCGUCUCGGACGAUGUCUCUCUUUGUUGCAUUAGAUUCGCAUCUGAGACAGCGCGCUAGACGCAUCGAACGGAGACUUCGAUUAUCUUUCCUAAUGCCCACUUCUGGUUCCCGAGUGUUUGUGACAGACAGUCAAGUCGGAUAUUACUCUGCUAUUUAACUUUGUCCGCGACACCCGAUAUGGAGGUCGAUAGUGACGUGAAGACUUCUCGACUUUCCCCGAAAGCGGGAGUUGCCGUCCAGGUCGCGGGUGCGGAUCCUCUCCCGUCCAAAGGAGAGGGGGGAUCUUCUGUUCCUGUGGCCGUGCCUAACUGUCAGGAUGCUGGUAAACCGGGCCUUAAACGGUCAAUAGAGGUUACAGUUUCUCCUAGCAAACGUUCCAAUGCGCCGUUAUCGGACUCUCAGAGGUCUCUCUUGGCCAACAAGUACAACCCGGACUCUAAGAGUCCUUUUUUGGUACAUGUAGAGCGCUGUCGCCCGGAGCUCUUUUCCGCAGCCUCCGGGACGGACAACUCUUCAGAUAAAAGCGCUGUUAGCGCUCUUGGACUAAGUAAAAAGCUUAACUCGCUUGUUUACGCCUCGUUGCAACAUGCUUAUGACCUCAAGUCUAUUGGCAAAAACAAAUUCUCUGUGUUUUCCAACAGGAGCAAACGCUAACAGGUUUGUUGAGUUCUUUGCUCGAGUGGCCGAGGAGAUCACACCUCACGAUACGUGGAUCGCUUUUGUCUCUAGCUUCAGGGUGGUGAGGCAGUUUGUGCUGAAAGGUGUUGACGAGGAUGAAUCUGCAGAAGAUAUUGUUGCCAAUAUUAAGCCUCCCCCGGGGUGGGGUGUUUCGUGGACCCCCUCUUUCGAAGCAGUCCGAAUGCAAAGAAGGGUGUUCAACAAGGAUGGUAUACCGUCACUAGUUAAUACCAGUCGUUAUAUUUUAAGGUUUAGGUUUCAGUUUGUGCCUAGGUUCUGUAUAUAUAUGGGGAAGAGGGUCUUCUUGUACCUCUAUAUACAAAGUACGUAGAUGUGGUUUCUGCCAAAGGCUGGGACAUACUGCCUUCUCCUGUAAACAGUCGGGCAGUACUGACAAGAUGUGUUGUGAGAAAUGUGGAAAGUCGGGACAUUCCAAGCGUGAGUGUUCUAGUCAGUUGCCGGAAUGCAUUAACUGCAUUAGAGCAAAGUCAAGGGACACGGGCCAUCAAGCCUCGGACCCGAAGUACCCAGCGUUUGUUAGACAGAAGGAAAUUCACAAGAUAAUGGCGUAUCAAGAUCUUCCGUACGCCGAAGCAGCUGUGGUGUAUUGCGCGCGCGCCGGGACGGUGCGCUCUCGAGAAGGUGGGGGAUCUUCGGUUUCUUUACCCUCUCUGGGAGAGUACUUCCCAGGUGAAGGUGUGUUCAGGUUUUCAGCACGCUCUCAAAAGAGUAGGGCAGUGAGUGGUGGAAAUAGCUCGUACUCAACUCCUGUGGGCGGCAGCUCUCCCCGUGUGAGCAGUUUCUCUUUUUCUUCGGGAACUAUCACGCCGCGGGUGGGCCAAGCUGCAGUUCCCUUGUUUGCUGACAAGGUUAAGGCGGGCACUUCGUUGCUCUCCUUUACGGAACUUCCCCCUGAGGCUCCGCGGCAGGUGCCGUUAGCUGAUGCUGGAGGUUUCGGCCAGGAAGAGUUCCCCGACUCCUCCCCGGGUCGUGUGGACGGCUCUGGUCGCCUAAACUCCCUUUCACCUAGACUUUGUAGCAGGAUAGUCACCGCCAUUCUAAGUAUCAACAAAUCUUCCAAAGCUCUGCCUCAAGAUGAAAAUAGUCUGACUGAUCUGAUGGCUCAUGCUCAAACAGUAAAGAUUGUUCAGUGGAACUGUCGUUCCCUGCCUCAAAAACUCGAUGACGCUAGACUGCUCCUUCACGAUGCAAGGCUGUGUUCAGUUAAGCAAGAUGGAACGAACUAAUGCAGGAAAUGCAGGAAUUGAAACUAAUGAAACUAAUGAAACUAAUGAAACUAAUGAAAGAAGUGAAAAUAGUGAAAAAAAAGAAGGUUGGCUCCCCUGAUCUGUUGCGGAACAUGUGUAGUGGCA